AUGAAGCUUCUGUGCAGUGUGCUAAUCCUCGCCAGCGUUCUGGCCGCCAACGCCAAGCCCAAUGUCCAGACGCAGCUGCAGAGUGCCUUGAGCCAGUACUUGGUGCAUGCCCGCGACCUGGAUGUCUCUGUUUCCGCGGAUGUGACCACCCAGUGCUUCAACCUCUACCUGCCCAUGCUAAACGAGGUGGCUGCCACCUUCUCCACCUCCUACCAGGCCUGCAUCAACACCGCCAACGCCGAGACCGCCAAUCUGACCGCCGAGGCCGAUAAGCAGCAGACCAUCUACAAGGCGGAGGUCACCAGCCUCUGCAGCGCCUUCACCGCCUGCAACAGCGACAACGACACCACCACCUUCUUCAACUGCUACGCCAGUGCGGCCGAAAGUGAUGUGUCGGUGAUCUACGACAUUGCCACCAAUGCCGCCAGCUCGGCCAGUACCUUGAGCAUGGGCAUCAAGGCCAUCCAGGACACAGAGUACCAGUGCACCAACACCACGGAGAGCAACUACGUCCGGGAUACCGCUGCCACAUACGAUCUGCUCGACAGCUGUCUGAAGUACGGAGUGCCCACCACAUCCACCACCUCCACCGCUGCCCCCUCCUCCUCUAGCCCCGUUGCUAGCUCGAGCGGGGCUCCUGUCACUGAUGGCACAACUGUUGUUGCAUCCUCCGCUGUGACCACCGCUGCCCCCGGAUCCACUGCUCCGGUGACCACCGCUGCUCCUGGAACCGCUGCUCCGGUGACCACAGCCGCUCCUGGCACUCCGGCUUCCUCUUAAGCCACUAAUUAGAGUAAUUGCAAGCAAUAAAUGAGCAUUUGAAAAACAUUAA